CCAUGUCGCAAAUCAACUGGCGCACCAUCAACAUCGAUGCCCUCGAUCCAGACUCGCCCGCCAACUUCGACAUGGCCAGCCUGACCCCGGCCGUCGCCCCCGUCGCCACGGCCGACGUGCAGACGCUGGCGGGCCAGAUCCGGCAGCUGCUCAGGGGUGGUGACAGCGAGGGCGCGCUGCGCGGUGCGCUCGAGAAUGCACCUUACGGUGCCGAUCAGCAAGGGAAGGACGUCCACACCGCUACCGUCAUCGAGAUCCUUCAAUCCAUCCGCCAGACCGAAAUGUCGCCCAUCCUGAGUAGGAUAUACGAAUCGGACGGUGGCUCCGAGGUCUUGGAUACGCUGAUGAAGUACCUGUACAGAGGCAUGGGACAGGCGCACUCGGGCCCUAAACAAGUCACGCCGCAAGCGACGGGCUUCUCGCAAGUGCACACGCGCGUCGGAGCCGGCGAGGGCAGUGGUCAAGCCAUGAGCGUGUUGCUCAGCUGGCAUGAAAAGCUCGUCGAGAUUGCCGGCCUCGGCAGCAUCGCCCGCGUCAUGUCCGACCGACGAACAGUCUAGAGCCUCUAUGCUAACAAAGUCUUGGCACGCACGGCGCGCACAGCCUCGCUUGGUGCGGUAGACGUAGAUGCAGGACGCGCACGCCUGGCAGCUGCGGCUGUGAUGCGCACGUAUGGCUGGCUGGCCG